UGAGGGGCCUCUCAGCUGCGUCUCAGCUGCUGGGGGUGGGCCGCGGGAUCUUUCCGGCAACAGGUUUUUGGGUUGAAGUCUGGUCUUGGAACCAGCGCUGCUGCUGUGCACAGGGAUACGGAAAGGUCUGUAUGAUCGUACAGGACGUAUUCGGUGGGGUGCGCUUCUUCACUCGCCACCUAUCGCCUCGAAGCACGGGAGGCAAACGAUGUCUGCGUCGAAAAUCGAGUUCUACGUGUCUUGCAAGGGUCUCAAGAAAGCCGACGUUCUGAGCAAGUCGGACCCGUUUGCCGUCGUCAAGCUCGGGCAUACUAAUAAGGAUGGCAAAGUCAACUACACAGAGAUCGGUCGCACGGAGACGAUCGGAAACACGUCAGACCCAAAGUUCACCAAGCAGUUCAUCUUGGAUUUCUUCUUCAACGAGAUCCAGUACGUCAAGAUCUACGACAGUGAUCAAGUGUCCGAUGAUGACAGCCUCGGCAAGGCUGACUUCACCUUGGGCGCGCUCAUGUCGGCGCCGGGGAGGAGCAUCACCGAAGCCCUGAAGGACAGGUCAGGACGAUUGGCCAAAGGCGUGAUGAUCAUCCGAGCAGAGGAAGUUGCGUCCUGUGCGGAUCGCUGCAAGCUCUCCCUCCGCGGCAUCAAGCUCAAGAACAAGGACGGCAUUUUCGGGAAGAGCGACCCUUUCUUCACUGUCUCGAGACUUCGAGAGGACGAAAAAUGGCAGCAGGUCCACAAGAGCGAGGUCAUCAUGAACGACCUCAGCCCCGCUUGGCAGCCCCAAGACAUGUCGGUCCAGGCUCUGUGCAACGGCGACUACUUGCGGCCGCUGCAGCUCGAAGUCUGGGAUUGGGAUCGUGACGGAGACCACGACUGCAUGGGCCGGCUCAAGACCAGCCUUCAGGGGUUGCUGGAAGGCCAGGGGCGCGAGAUGGACCUCGAGCACCCCAAGAAGGAUAAGAAGGGGAAGGGGCAGCUCAAGGUGGACCACGCGGAGGUACACAGGCAGCCCACGCUGCUCGAGUACCUCGCCGGUGGUCUCCAGAUCAGCAUGACGUGUGCAAUCGAUUUCACGGGGAGCAACGGCAGCCCGUCGCACCCGCAGAGCCUGCACUACCUCGACCCCUCCGGAAGGCUGAACCAGUACCAGCAGGCGAUCUGGUCGAUCGGUCACAUCCUGCAGGACUACGACUCGGACAAAAUGUUUCCCGUAUAUGGGUUUGGAGGCAGGAUUAACGGCCAGCCCGUCAGCCACUGCUUCCCCAUCUGCAGGGUCUCACACGCCGGAGGGUCUGAAGAAGCCUACGGCGUCCAAGGCAUCCUCGAGGCUUACUCCGCCGCCAUGACCAGCGUGCAGCUGGCGGGCCCGACGCUCUUCACGGAGGUGCUGGAGACGGCCAUGGCCAGGGCCAACCGCCCCAGCACCCAGGCUGACCAGCGGUACGACGUGCUACUGAUACUCACCGACGGCAUCAUCAACGACAUGCAGCAGACUAUCGACUCCUUGGUUGCUGCCUCCAACUUGCCGCUGAGCGUGGUGAUCGUUGGCGUCGGUCAGGCCGACUUCUCGGACAUGUCGAGGCUUGAUGGUGACGGGGGUAUGCUGGAAGACUCGGCCCGAACCAAAGCGACGAGGGAUAUCGUGCAGUUCGUCCCGUUCUCGAAGUACAACCUGGCCGAGGGCGGCAUGGGGGCACGGCUAGCAGCAGACACGAUGGCCGAGAUCCCGGACCAACUCCUCAAGUUCUUCAGGUCUAAGGCCAUCACCCCCAACCCCCCGAGGCCGGCGGCGCCACUGCCGCAGCCGCCCCGCUCGCCCACCGCCCCGAGAGCUCACGGUGCGGCCGCCGGGGGCGCGUCAUUUGAUCCGCCUCCGCCGUAUACGCGCUAGGUGGCGAAGCGUAUCUUGGUAAUGGGAUGGGUGGGUGGAACGGCACCGUUAUUCCAUGAAUCUUCGAUGAUUGGAUCACGCAUCGUUUGCCGGGUGGGUGGGUGGAACGGCACUGUUCUACCCACUAGUCUUCAAUGAUUGGAUCAAUCACGCAUCGUGUAUUCGUGUAUGUGGCUUUGGUUCGGGGCGCCCUAGGUCGGAGGCUUUCGUUGGACGUUCUUGCUAUGCAAUGGGGAGGGGGAAAACGUUGGUUAGAUUCAAGUUGAGAAGGGGAAGGCGGGACUCGUGCGUGUGUGCGUACAUGUAGGCUGUGUUGUGUGUUAAAUGUCGACGAGUUUGUGUUUCUUUCGUUUCUCUCUCCUCCGAUGUUUUGGAGUCUCGGGCUUCAAUUUAUGGUGCCAGUGAAUGAUGAGGAAACGCGUAGGUUUCGUAUUGUGGCUUUACGAAGUUGAUACCGUACAAUGCAGGAGGGGGCGGGGAUACAAGAGAUGCCCUGAUCGACUACAACGGGACAGCAAAAACGCCGAGAGGAAGCGGAAGUUUUUUUCGUUCUUUUUUGUUCCCUUUUUUUCCUUCCUGUAGCCUUGCUCUUGAUGUCGUUGUUGUUUCCCCUGACGGACUUGUGCAACGCUUUCGAAGAAGUCCUAUCGCAUUGCUUCGGCAGCAGCAAUAGCAGCAGCAGCAGCAGUAGCGCCAAGCGCCGGUCGCCACGGAUAUAAUCGAGCCGGCCCCCGCCAACAGCGCUAUGGUUUGUCUAACUGAUGGAGCAGCAUCGCCAGCGGGAAGAACCAACCGCGAUCAUUAAACUUUGUUGCAUCAUCUCCUCUGUACAUGCACGGACAAGCAUAACUCGUUGUUUUCAUUCGUUGAGCCUGCCGCUGCCGUGCUCGGCUUCGGCGCGCUUGGGGGGGGGCAACUCUUGUUACGGUUUUUGAAAUAAAGGGAGGGGGGGGUCUAUCGUUUCACGCGCUCUGGACUAUAACUCUAGUACCGGGGGCUGUUGUUGUUCUUGCCGUUGUCCGGGUUGUUGCUUACGGCAGAAUUGCCACCAGCGGCAGUACUGGCACGACACGAGCGAGCAACGGGAGAUUCACGCUUUGCGCUUUUCACCUCUGUCAAUCGAUCUAUCUUUUCUAGAGGGUUGGUUGUAGCAGUAUUUUUGGAAGUGGUCCACGACUCAUCUUGUUGUACAGCGGUUCCGAUGGGCAGUUGUUGCAGCGGGAGGUUGUCGUCACCAACACCUGUUGUAUCGCCAUAUCUUAACUCGAAUGGGGGCGUCGACUCGAUCAUGUUGGAGAAAAACGCUUUCGAUAGACUUGACACCAAGGCAGAGAGGGUUUGAUGGGCGUGGAGGAAUUGAACCACUUCAAUGAACGAACGUCGUUGUCGGCAGUUCAAAUGCCUUUUGAAGGAUGAAAAUACUUGGGAUUAACGUAAUACGAUAGAAACGUACUUGAAACGGGUUUUCUGGCGAUGGCAUGUACUUUCGAAUGUCGUAUGAGUUUGUGAGAAAGAGGUUGGUUUAAAGAUGGGUUCUUGUCUAAUCUCGAAGAGAGGAGUCAAGAAAUACUCUGAUUGUUGGCUUGGGUGCCGUGCAAGGCGUGAAGCCGGCGCUUCCUCUGCCGUCGAGAGCAACCAUGCCCAUGUACACAUGUAUACGCCAUACAUCUAUGAGAGAGAGCGUAGCGGCAGGAUCAGGGGCCCUAUUGUUUGGUACAACGUUUACGUCGGGAGUCUGCUGCAGGUGAACCUCCGUUAGGUUUAUGGUGAGACAACGUUAGGAGUAUGCUGCUGCGGGUGAAGGUCUACUGAGUUUAUGGUGAGAAAAUGUCGUGUAAGAAACACCGUAAUUAAUUGCGUUUGAGGGUUCGUUGUUGUACUUGUGCCCACGGGACGUAUACAUUGCGGUCCGUGCCUCGUUUGAUGUUCCAAUGAAAGCUCGUGACGGGGAACGAGGUCAUUCGUUCGAGACGUUUCUUUGUCGUAGUUC